AUGCGCUGGAUCUUAGGCUUACGUUCAAUCUCUUCUAUAACAAAACCGUUCAUUAGAAUUGAGUCCCCGAAACAACUCGCUCGCAGAAUGGCUUCUCUUCCUACCACCUACGACGGGCCCGUCCCAAUCGCUGUCAUCGGCGGCACUGGUCUUCGCGAGCUCCCCGGCUUCACCCAGGUGGCCUCUUUGACUGUCCCAACUCCCUGGGGCAACCCCUCCUCCCCCAUCACCAUCCUGCACCACGAGUGUAAGCACAACGGCAAGGUCGUCGCUGUUGCCUUCCUCAGCCGCCACGGCUCGCACCACCAGAUCGCCCCUCAUGAGGUUCCCGCUCGCGCAAACAUCGCUGCUCUGCGCUCCAUCGGUGUCCGCAGCAUAAUCGCGUUCUCUGCCGUCGGCAGUCUGCAGGAGGAGAUCAAGCCCCGCGACUUCGUUAUCCCUGACCAGGUUAUUGACCGUACCAAGGGUGUGCGGCCGUGGACUUUCUUCGAGGGCGGCAUUGUCGCUCACGUUCCCUUCGGUGACCCCUUCGAUGAGGGUAUUGCGAAGGUGGUGCGCGAGUGCGGACACAGUCUUGAGGGUGACGGUGUUGUCCUGCAUGACCGUGGCACUUUGAUUUGCAUGGAGGGCCCUCAAUUCUCCACCCGCGCCGAGAGCAAGAUGUACCGCUCAUGGGGCGGCAGCGUCAUCAACAUGUCUGCCCUGCCCGAGGCCAAGUUGGCUCGCGAAGCCGAGAUUGCCUAUCAAAUGAUCUGCAUGUCCACUGAUUAUGAUUGUUGGCAUGAGGGUACCGCUGAUGUGACUGUCGAGAUGGUCAUGGGCAACAUGAAGUCCAACGCUGACAAUGCUCGCCGCUUUGUGACUGCUGUUCUCGACGCCCUCGCGGGCGAGGAGCACACUGAGCUGAUUCAAGCUAAGCACCUGGCUGGCGGGAUCAAGUUCGGUGUCAGCACGCCUCAGGCUAACUGGAGCCCCGAGGCCAAGGAGAAGCUUGACUGGCUUUUCCCUGGUUACUGGUAG